AUGGAGAAACAGGAAUUGAAAGGACCUCUUGGAUCGAUUAAGGACUUACUCAGGCCGCUCACACAAGAAGACAACCCAAUAUUACAGUUUAAAAUUCGAAAACCUUUAUUUAAGAAUCCACUGAAGCAGAUUGAUUUCUCAUCUGAAUACCAGAUAACACUUUCUCCGAUUGUGAAGGAUGGAAAGAAGUACAUAGAUAUACAUAUCCUGCAGAUAGCAGACAGGAACACACGAAGAUACCUCGAAAGUGUCUUAAUCGGGUAUGUACCUGUAAAAUAUGUCAAAUUUUUGAAUACCAAUAAAAAUCUGAUCAAGAAGACCUUAUUUGACUGGAAAAGUGAGGUUCUUACUAUUGAGUUUAACCAUGGUGUCAAAGGAGAGAUUACCCAAGCUAUUGAAAUUGACAUUAAGAAGCAAGAGGAAGAUAAAGAGAUAGAUACUGAUGACAUUGAAAGAAGCAAUAAGAAAUAUCUUGAUGUUGUUGAAAGAAUCCUAAAAUCUUCUCAGGCCUAUCCCAUGCUGUUCAAUGCUGAGGAGAUUGAUAUAAUAGAUACAUUUACUGACUCUGAUCAUCUUAAGAAAGUCCUCAUUUCGAGGAUGUUCUUCCGGAAGAGAGUUUUCUUUAAUCUUGAUCAUAUCAAAUCCUACAGCCACAGCGAGGAUGAACUAAAAUUUGCUAUAAAGGAGAUGAAACAAUCAAGACUGAUUGAAACUGGCGAAAAAAUCUUGCUAAAUCCUCGUGGCAUAAAGAUAUUUCUUGAUUCCUUAACAAUUGCUGAGUUAAAGCCAUUGGCUAAGAAUAUAGUCAAAAAUUUUAAGUGUUUUGUUCCGAUUCCAAAAGAAAUCCUUUCUAAAUUGUCGUGAUUCCAUGGCCCAAUUUCCAAAAUUGAGAAGUAUAUCAUUGAUGAGGAAGGAUCAGAUGAUCUGAUCCAAGAGUUCAAGAAAAUUGACUUUGAAAUAUGGUUUCGAAACAAAAGUCAGAAAAACAAACUCAUCAUGGUCAUCAUAGAACGUAUUGAAGCAUAUAAGAGAAGUGAGCAAACAGAGGUAAAGAAGAAAUCGAAGAAGGCCACUCUUCAUGCAUUUUUUAAAGGGAAUUCAGAAUUAGUCAAGAAAGUUAAGAAGGAAUGUGUCAUUUUGAAAACUCUCCAGCAGUCUAUUCCUGAGUUCUUCUCGAUUUCGUACUCUUUAAGAACGAUUUUGUUUAAAUGAGCUAAGCUUUUCUGUUCUUUUCAGAGUUCUGAUCCAAGAAGUACCCUGCUCAAUGAAAAUUAUAUAAGUGAAGAAUAUGCUGAGUAUGAUAAUUAUUUAUGAAUGAAACUUGAGCAUCCUCUGAAGCUCACACAAGCUGAGUUCAAGUAUCUGAGACCUCUUUUCAAAGAUACACAAGCUUAUGAUAGUUACAUCAAUAUGGGUAGGUUUCGGUACGCUAUUUCAAGCAUUAUCGAUCUUGAAUACCCAAAAGAAAUAACUAAUCGAUUAUAAUCAAGACAGUUUCGAUCUUGAUUUUGAAAAAUAUGAAAUUUAUCAAAAAUUCAUGAGAGCUGGCUGAUGAGAAGAUUGAUAGUUCUAUAUGUGAGAAAUCUUCUACACUACUAAAGACUUCUCUAUUUCAUGACACUUCUGAAUAUUACAGGGAGAACUCGGAAAAGUUGUUCUUCAGUCGCUUCGCUCCUGAGUCAUACAACCCAUGGAUUCUUGAUACAUGUGUAGAGUAUCUGGAGAAAAUCAAAGAGUACAAAUUUGCAAUCAUGCUGCUCUUGUGCCUUGUCCAGACCAGUAAGAGAACUUCUCGAAGGGAUAAAUGGAUACAUCGGCUGGGCCUAGACUGUAAGCAUAUCAAAGAGUUUGUACUAUCCUACUGUAUUUGACUCAAAGCUCUUACAGAUGUGCCUCCAGGAUGUUCUCUCGAGAAUCCUUCAUAUUGUUAUUUGAAGAAUUCCAUCCUCAUCACAAAGAACAGCUUGCAGAAGAAGUUAGAAAAGUUGUAUCGUGACAGAUCAAAGUUUAUGAUUAAUCUAACUAAGAAAUUGAAAAACAAGAACAUUUCAAAGCGCAUGCCAAAGCAAGAAUUUGAGCAGAAGGUUGAAGAGUAUGACCAAGAAUUUAACCAAAAGGUUCAGUACAUUCAACUCCUCGAUAUUGAGCAUCUCUUUACAUCACAGAAAGAACUUAAUAAAAUUCCUUCUGGAAUAACCGAGUAUGUUCUUGAAAAAGAAUACGAUAGCGAGUAUUUCUCUGAAGUAACUUUGUCGUGAAAGAAGAUGACCAAUCUUGGGGAUGAGCACAAUACUGCUAAGUAUCGCAACCCCAAGACUAAUGAGAUAUUUAGCGUGGAAGAUCUAGCACUUCACUAUUACCACACUAAGGAAGGAUAUGAUGGGAUCCACUCAGAAAACAGGCUUGGAAUGGUACUUUUUGGAUUGUUCCUGUGGAAACAAAUCUUUGACGACACAAUUCCAGGAGUUUUCCAAACUCCUUAUCAGAGAGGCCCUCUCGAUUUUGGUUCGAAAGAGUUCUUUUACAGGAGAGAAGCAAAAAUCACACAGAGACUUGAUGAAAUUUGCAAAAUGGGAGAUGAAGACAUUGAAGAUCAGAUCAAUACUCUCUGGGAUAGUUACAAUGGGACUAUUAAUUGUAUUAUAGAAUGGGACUCAAUCAAGUUUUCGAAAAUUAAAUUAAUCGAUAUUUCUAAGUGACUUGGAGGCAAGAAUAUUAGCCAUAUUUUACUCAAAUAUGCAUAUGAUUGGAGAAGCUGGAGCCAUGGACUACCUGACUUGUUCUUGUGGAAUAUUGAUACUAAAUAGAGCUAAAUUUUCUGAAAUCAAAUCAGAAACUGAUCGACUCUCAGAUAUCCAAAAAGCUUGGAUAGCAUACUUAAGCAAAGGUGGGAUUAAAAUUGAAGUAUGCUACCUCCUUUCUAAUUCUCAAGAAGCACUCAAUCCUUUUUAA